GCGGGACUUCCGCGUUUGUGGGCGGAUCCGGGUGGGUGUUGAUUUGUCAGGAAUAAAGCGAAGAUCAACAUUAUAACAUUGUGACUUUUGUCUCUGAAUACUAAAGUAAACAGUUCGUUGCGCUCGCGGUAAAUCUGCAGUCAUGCCGGGAAUCGAUAAAUUACCGCUAGAGGAAACUCUGGAGGACAGUCCGCAGACUCGCUCUCUGCUCGGUGUGUUUGAGGAAGAUACAGCAGCCACAUCCAGUUAUUUCAGUCAGCUCUUCAAAGCCAUGCAGAGAAUCUACGACGCCCAGAAUGAACUGAGUGCUGCCACACAUCUGACGUCUAGAUUACUGAAAGACUACGAGAAACAGCGUUUUCCUCUGGGCGGUGAUGAUGAGGUCAUGAGCUCCACUUUGCAGCAGUUUGCCAAAGUCAUUGAUGAGCUCAGCUCGUGUCACGCCGUUCUCUCCACUCAGCUCGCAGAUGCCAUGAUGUUCCCCAUCACACAGUUUCAGGAGAGAGACCUGAGAGAGAUUGUCAUCCUGAAGGAAGUGUUUCAGAUUUCAAGUGAUGAUCACGACACAGCCGUCAACAGAUACAGUCGUCUGUCUAAACGAAAGGAGAAUGAGAAGGUGAAGAAUGAAGUGAUGGAGGACGUCUACACGUCCAGGAAAAAACAGCACGAGACCAUAAUGCACUACUUCGCAUCGCUCAACAUGCUGCAGUACAAGAAGAAGAUCGCGCUGCUGGAGCCGCUGCUGGGAUACAUGCAGGCGCAGAUCAGUUUUUUCAAACUGGGAUCAGAGAAUCUGACGCAGCAGUGGGAGGAGUUUCUCACCAACAUUGGAACCAGCGUGCAGAAUGUUCGCAGGGAAAUGGACAGCGACGCUGAAGCGACGGAGCAGACUAUUCAAGACCUGAAAGCGGCCAGUGACCCGCUCUACAUGCCUGACCCAGACCCCAACAAGAUCCCUGUGAACCGCAACCUGACCCGCAAGGCUGGCUACCUCAACACUCGCUAUAAAACGGGUCUGGUGUCGUCUGCUUGGGAACGUCAGUAUUUCUUCACGCAGGGAGGAAACCUCAUGAGCCAGUCACGUGGAGACGUAGCCGGAGGUCUCGUUAUGGACAUCGACAACUGCUCCGUCAUGGCUGUGGACUGUGAUGACCGCCGCUUCUGCUUUCAGAUCACAUCGUUUGAUGGCAAGAAGGCAGUCAUAUUACAGGCGGAGAGCAGGAAAGACUGUGAGGAGUGGAUUGCGACAAUAAACAACAUCUCUAAGAGGAUAUACCUCAGUGAAAACCCAGAGGAAAUCGCAGCGAGAGUGAAUCAGUCGGCUCUGGAGGCUGUAACACCUUCACCAUCCUUCCAACAGCGGCAUGAGAGUUUCAGACCGAGCACGCAAGGUCGACCCAAAACGGGCCGUUCAGGCAGUCAGUGCUCUGUGGUUUUUCAAAGAUUUUGGCUUAUUGACCCACAGACGCAAGUCACAAGACUACGGUUUCCUCUCUCCAGCGUUGUGCUGUGCGCGUCACAUCAGGAGAACAAGCGCUUGUUUGGUUUUGUGCUGAAGACAGCAGGAGGACGAGUGGACGGACGGCCCGUUACAGUCUGCUACGUCUUUGAGUCAAACAAUGAUGGAGAGAAGAUCUGUGACAGUGUAGGACUGGCGAAGCAGAUCGCCCUCCACUCUGAGAUGGACCGCAAAGCCACACAGAAACAGAGAGGGUUGGACAAAGCCAAGGAGAAACAACAGGAAGAACUUCAUAAACAAAAACAGAUUGAGAAGGAUCUCGAGGAACAAAGCCGUUUGAUAGCCGCCUCUAGUCGACCCGGCCAACCAGCUGCUGAUGGACAGUUCUUGGUCCUUAGCAACAGCCAAUCAGAGGACAGCGAUGCAGGAGAGGAGGGGCAGAAAACGGGCGAAUCCGAGGCCUGAUGAAAACCGUUCUGUGCUUGGGUUCCACGAAUAUCACUUCCUGUUCUUCAAGGGUUCUCCAGAGUGGCCUGCAGAAACGAUGAUUUAAAAUAUGUGACUGCAAAAUAUGAUAAAAAACGAAUUCAUAUGGACACUUCGGGGAAAACGUAUCAAAAGUUGUUAUUUGUAGGAAUCCUGUAUUUUUACCAUAUCCGUUAUUGAAUUGCAUUUGCUUUUAGAGGGUUUUAUAUAUGUAUGUGUGUAAAUGAAUGCACUACACCUGAAGAGACGUAAGGCGACGUUUGUUGCUUUAUUUCGAUGAAGUUGCACGUGUGAGUUAAUACUGUUGGACUUCGUUUUUUGUUCUCACUGAUAAUGUUUUAAGGCUGCAUGUGUUUUCGUUCAUAUCACGUCAACGGUGACAGAAUUUAGAGUGAAUUUCACAAAACGUGUCAAGAGCGUGAUGUAUUAUGGUAAUUAAAAUAAUACUAAAUAUCUGAAUUUUCUUUAUGCAAAUCAAUUCUUUCUGAAAUAUGAGCCGUUCUUGAGAGAUUCUGUGAGGUUCAUCCUACUGCAUUUCAGAAUGAUUUCUAUUUUGUGUUUGUAAUUAACACAGUUCUGAUUUUUGUCUAUAAGCUAUUGCAACCAUGUUUCAUAAUGUUUUUCAUCUACAAACACAUUUGUUUGGUUAAUGUUACAGUUAUGUGAUCACUCAGUGUUUCUAUCUGAUCACUAAGGAAAAUGUUUUGUUUAAAAUCAUGUGAUCAAAUGCCUUUGAACUUGGGAUGUACUUUAAUUUUUUUGUUCUGUUUUGUAUAAGAUAUUUUGAAGUCUGCAUCGCACAUAAUGGGCCAAUGUAUUGAAAUGCUUCAGCUUGUGGAUAAAAGAAACAGGUGAUGGAAUUGCAAACUGAAAUAUAAAUUUUUGCUUUUCUCCAAAAAUCUGACAUGGUGGAAGUUUUUUGCUGAAUUAAAUACGGUCUCAUUCAUUGAUUUGGUCAUUCAUUGUCUUUAUGGUUCGUAUACUGAGACACUUUCUGUUACAUGACAGUCUGUUAUUAAGUUUGAAGCAUUUGCAGCAUUAAUUUGUACAUUAUUAUUUCUAACCUUUAAGAAAAUGUUUGUGUCUAAAUGUCUUUCUACAAAAUCAGUUGAUGGAUU